AUGGAAGAGUGUUCGCUGAGUGGUUCAGAGGAUUCUAAGAAGGACAACUUGAUUCGAGGUACCUGUUUUAAUAACAAAGUUGAGUUGGUUGCUAUUAUUGAUAUUGGUGCCACUCAUUUGUUUAUUACGCUUGAAUGUGCUACUAUGAUGGGUUUGAAAUUGUCUUUAAUGAGUGGGAGUAUGGUGAUCAAUACUCCGGCUAAUGGUUCUGUGACUACUACGCUAGUCUGUUUGAGCUGCCCUUUAACUAUUUAUGGUAAGAGUUUCGUGAUGGAUUUGGUUUGUUUACCCUUGCAUGUAAUUGAUGUUAUUCUUGGAAUGAACUGGUUGGAGUUCAACCAUGUUCAUAUCAAUUUCUAUAGUAAGACCGUGAGGUUCCUAGAGUCUGGUGAUGGUGGAAAGCUGAUGUUUUUAUCUGCCAAGCAAGUAGAAGAAAUUUUAGAAGAUGAAGCUCAGAUGUUUGCAAUGUUUUGGGCACUGCAUGUUGAUCGUGAAGUUGUCAGUGUUAAUUUACCUGUUAUUUGUGAAUUCCCAUGGGUGUUUCCAAAUGACAUCAGUGAUAUACCUCUUGUGCGUGAGGUAGAGUUUGCUAUAGAAUUGGUACCUAUUACAAGUCCGACAUCGAUGGAUCCUUAUAGGAUGUCAGCUUCAGAGUUGGAUGAAAUGAAGAAACAAUUUGAAGAAUUACUUGAGAAAAUGUUUUUUUGA